CGCCAGCAGCAGCACCCAACAGCCAUUCAAUACAAAACUCCAAAUGAAAACAUUACUGCUUAGCUCAGACGAUAUUCAAAACUUUCGGAAGCUAAUAUACGAUCCCAAAGUGGCGAAUCUGGGCAACUCCAAUACAGAGGACGCCAAUUUGAUGGCUUUACAAUAUUAUCUAAAACAUCCUGGUAAUUAUACAAGUGCAGCAGCGGCAGCAGCAGCAACCACGGCGGCGGCAGCAGCUGCAGCAGCAGCCACAAUAACAUCUCAGGUCCACAUACAGCAGCAUCAACAUCAGCGUACACAACAUCCACAGACUCAGUCAUUUCUGACAGCGGCAGCCACAACAACAACAGCGGCAAACAACAGUACGCAUAACAACAACCACACUACCAGCAGUAGCAACAACAACACACAGCCCAAUAAUGUUGUCAUUGUUAGCAACAGCAACAGUAAUGGCCUAACUGCUAACGCCACCACCACAUCCAGUCAUCAUGCCCAUCAUCACCUGUUAGCCCAAUCACAAACCCAACUCAAGCAACUGCAACUGAAACAGCCCACAAUACACCAUCACCAGCACACAGCCAGUUUCCAUCAUCCCUACUACCAGCAACACAGUACGCCUGCGCCACCUGCUCACACGUCACACGCCCACAGCACCACACACAGUUACACUACGCAUUCAUUGCCCGUGCAUGCUCUCAAUCAGAAUUCAAAUUUUUCGGCAGCCAGCAGCAGUACCGGUGGAGGCACGGCAUCUAGUCACGCUGCCACACAUACCACAGGCUCCAGCCUAUCGCCGCCCGGAACAAAUGCCAGCGCCCGCACAACACCCUCAAGCGGUGGCUCAAAUAGCAGCGGCUCGUCCACUUCCAGCGGCUCAAGUUCACGCGGUGGCUCCACCGUGAGCGGAGCAAAAAAACUAAAAGUUGAACCGGUACUCUCACAAUUCCAUCAAAACGAGCGGCUGAACUUUGCCAAUUCGCACAUCAACUGGACCGAGGAUCAUUGGCGGCGUGUUGUCUUUCAGGAUGAGCGCAAAUUUAAUUUGGACGGUCCCGAUGGUUUUUCCUACUACUUUCAUGAUUUGCGGAACUAUGAGAAAACCCUGUCGCAAAGACCCCGCGGUAAUUCGGUGUACAUUUAUUUGGUGUUGACAGCUGGGGGACCCAUUCACCUGGAAGUUUCAACGGCUAAAUUUAAAAUUGAAUCCUGCGUCGAAACCCUACUGAGAGAACGUGCCAAUAUUGUAGCCAAGCUGGGCGGCAAUUCCGAUUUCUAUUUACAGGAUCACAAUUGGACAACAAAUGCCCUGCCCUCGGUCCAAGAAUGGCUAAAUGCCGAGAGUAUAAAGACACAGAAAUGGCCAACGGUGGCCCACGAUUUGAAUAUUAUGGAGGGCAUUUGGGGUUGGCUGAUACGUGAGGUGUUCGAUGGUGGGCGUAAAUUUUCACGUAAAGACGAUUUGAUAUUUCGUAUACGUGAGGCGUGGUCCCGUGUGCCUAUGGAAUUAAUCAAUAAUUUGUAUACCACGCUAUCGGAACGUAUAACACAGCUUUACUAUACCCGUGGAGCCUAUACAAACUGUUGACA